GUAAAGCAUUUUCAGUUUUGAGGUUCUUCUACUAUGCAUGCUGUAACUUCUGUUGAGCCAUUGGGGGACACCACAGGACAACUACACUUUAUACUUUGGACCUUCCUUUAUUUACUUUUCCUGUGGAAGAAAUGAACAUCCUGUAAUGAAUGACACAAGUCAUGUAAUGAUUACGGUAAUUACCUAUUUCAUUUCUGUAAUUGGUAACUUGACAAUAUUGUCAAAUUGUUUGUUCUUACACCAAUACAUGCGUUGAAGGAGGUACAUAUUUUUGAAGGGAAGUUAUGUAAGCGAAACAAAUAUGCAGGCUCUUAUUCACCUGCUUUCAGUUUCAUUCGGGCUGGGACAAGAAUAGACACAUUUCUUGGGGACAUGUAGAAAAAUGGAAACGUGUCGAAUUCAACCAGACAUGAUUCAGAAUCAACGACACUUCAAGCUUGACUGCUGGGAUUUCAUUCUGAAUCUUGGUAGUCUAGUUGUGUGCGUAGUGGAUGUGGGGUUGGACGUGUAUGCGGUUGUGGAUUUCUACCUAGAGGAGGACUACGUUUCCCUGGGAGUGCUGGUCUUCCUGCUUCUGGGUUCCUCUGUGCUGUCCCAGGCAUACAGUUGGCUGUGGUAUAGCAAUGAAGAAUCCGAGACAGUGACAAAGGUUGAAGGCUUUUUCGACGGCUUCUGUCUCAAGGUUGUCCACUUGUGUCAGAUGGGAGUCUAUCUCAGGUUUGCCGGUGUAGUAGAGGUCUCAACACAAUCCUUCUGCACUGGGAACACUAUCCCAGAGGAACGCGCAGUGUUCCUAUCACAUGACCUCAACAUGUUGCGUCUGAUUGAGACAUUUUCCGAAAGCUCUCCACAGUUGGUCCUCAUGCUCACCAUCAUUAUCCACAGGGGCGUCCUGGAGCCCAUUACUGUAUUAAAGACAGCUGGAUCAGUGGCCGCCAUCGCUAUCAGCGUGACCAUGUACCACCGCUCCCUGCGUGCCUUCCUUCCUGAUAAGACCAAACAAACUUGGAUAUCAUCUUUUGUAUACUUCCUGUGGAACCUGUUUUUGAUUGGUACCCGUGUGAUUGCACUCGCACUCUUCGUGUCAGUCCUGCCCUGCCUCUUCCCUGCACACUUCCUGUCCCUCUGGAUUAUUCUAGUCUUCUUUGCAUGGCGAGCAAACACCACAUUUAUGGAGGGCUCUGGUGGAGAGCCGCUCUUCCGUGCCACCUUAGGCCUCAUCUGGUACUUCAGCUGGUUUAAUGUGUCAGAGGGGCGGACCAAGUGGAAGUGCCUUUUCUAUUACAGCUUUAUAACACUUGAUACAUGUGUGCUUUGUUGUGUUUGGUACUGGAGGAUCACCACUGAGCCUCCCUACUUCGAAUCCUCUCUGCCACCUUAUGCAGUGCUCAUUGGUAUGUCUAUCUUGUAUAGUCUUGGGAUCCUGGUUAGAGUGGGUUACUAUCAAUUGUUUCAUCCAACUGUUACACAUCUGACAACUGAUGAGCCUGAGUCUAAGUCUGACUCUCAGCUGAGAGGAAUUGCUCCUCAAGAGGAGGGGGAUGAGGUAGACAACUGUUUAAUGGACCGCAGCAUGCAAGGCCCUUCAAAACCUGCCAGAGCCAAAACUAGGAUGGAGAAAUUGGCUGUUAACUUCUACAGUGACACAACUUAAAUUAAAUCCAGUCUGUAUGGAAGAUGGACAGAGCUCAGCAACUGUAAAAAAAAAGCUACCUAUGGAUUUGAUCAUGGAUUGGAAGCACUGUGAAUUAUUUCCACAAAGACUCCUGUUCAGGAAAUAACCUCACUUACAGCAGCAGCGGUUGGAACAUCUCUGGACUGUAAACUGUAAAGCCUCAUUUGGCUGUCUUCACUAAGUUCUUUGGAAAGUAUAAUAAACUAAGUAUAAUAGUUAAAUAUAUUUUUCUAUACAUUUUAAAUGUUUCGAAAACGCCUGGAUCGAGGAGAGAAUAUUUCUCCAACAUUAU